AUGGCGUGUGUGGUGAAUGUAAUGGAAAACAGCCAUCAGGGAAGUCACGGAGAAAAACAUCCUCAGCACUGGAGGAGCUGCAAGUUGAUCGUAGACCCUGCGUUGAAGAAUGGGUUUUAUAAAGUGUAUCGUUACGAUGGGCAACAUUUCAACAUGCCAGACUUAGGGGCAUUUCCUGUGGAUACUGUCAGGGAUCCCAGAAUCUGUCGUCUUUGGACCAAAUUCAGAGACACUGACCUGCUGGUCCCCAAAUUUAAGAUUGAUGAAUGCUAUGUCGGCCCACCCAAGGAAGUGACAUUUGCCAGGUUAAAUGACAACGUAAGGGAGGGUUUCUUGACUGACAUGUGCAUAAAGUACGGACAGAUUGAAGAAGUGGAAAUCUUGUAUAAUCCUAAAAACAAGAAGCAUUUAGGAAUUGCUAAAGUCAUCUUCGACACAGUCAAGGCUGCAAAGGACACCGUGGAACACCUUCAUGACACCUCUGUUAUGGGGAACAUUAUCCACGUGGAACUUGAUCCAAAGGGUAAAAACAGAAUGCGGUACUUCCAUCUUCUUGUUAGUGGACUCUACACCCCUUCGACAUUGCCACUGGGCAGCGAUGAGCACACCCUCCAACGCCUAACUGAUAGAUUGCAGGUAAUAGACAAACCUCUGCAGAAACUGACUGAUGGGAGUUCAUCAUUGACAAGGUCUAUUUCCAGUCCCACCAGCGUGGCUACACCUCUCUCCCUAGACACAGCCUACUCCAGUAUCUGGCAGGACACACCGGGCAGCUUUGGGCUGACACCCCUCUCUCAGGGCACCCCUCAUACCCCCUGCCUGUCUGGGACCCCACUCUCUCAGGACUCUUGCUACUCUAGCCAGCACACCACCCCAGUCCACCAAGUCACUCAGGGUGAACACUCCUCAUAUGGUGCUCACAGACGCUUGAGGCGCGAUGUCUGCUAUCGUCAACCAGGAAGACCUUAUAUGAGAUCCCACCAUCAGAGCUCAGAGUUGAGCUCUCUCCUCAAACACCUCCAACCUCACCGUCCUCUCCAGCCCCAAACCCAGGUUGCUGGCGGCAGCUACAAAUCUUCCUUCUUCUGGUAUCAGAACCGCCUGCCCUCGACUGAUGAUAACCCUGCCACAGAGCCUCCCCUCCACCUCUCCCUUCCUGAACAGGAGUCCUGGAGGGUGCCCUCUCUACCUCCUGCCUCUGAGGCUUUCCCUCUGAGCAGCAGCUCUGCCAGUGCCACAAGUAUGAACGUGGUACCUCUGAGGGAGAGACCUCAGUCUCCCCCUUCUGGACACGAUGCGGGCCUUAUAGAACCGCCCCCUUCCCCUCCCAAUAACUCUCCUGGAAGCCCCAUCCCAGAGGCAGAGAGCCACAGCCUGGACUCACGCAUUGAGAUGCUUCUCAGCAAGACUCAGAGUUCCUGCCUCCCUCUACAUGGUGAAAGGGGUUUGGAAGCUGAAGUGCACUCUCAGGACAGCCCUGUUUCGCCAUUCUCCCCUGUCUCAAUGUACUCUCCUGAGUCUGACCACACCCCAGCCCGUAGUGGAUGUCCUGUGAACUGUACCCACCCCACCACCAGGGAUGGUCUGGAGGAUGUCAGUCCCACUCCCCUCCCUGAGUGGGAAGGAGACGAGUCCCUUCCAGGGAUGCCUUCUCUAAUAUGGACCUCACAGCCCCCCUGGCCUCCUGGGACGCUAUCUCUCACUCAAAGGGAGAGAAUUUACCCAUAUCCCUUGAAUACGCUGCACACUGUGCAUAUGGACAAGGUGAAUGGUCUGCCUGGGUGUGGCAGUGUGCCAGUGUCUUUUACUGGGCAACCCUGGCCCCUGCCUCCCUUCAUGCCCACCUUCAACCCCUCUGUGCCCCCGCCAGGCUACCUGCCUCUGCAGGAGGACCUACAUAAGGCCACAGUGGAAAAGGUGCUGGCAGUCAUUAUGGAGGAGCUUAAGUCCAUCGUGAAGAGAGACAUCAACCGUAAAAUGGUUGAGGGGGUAGCCUUCAGGGCGUUUGAUGAGUGGUGGGAUGGCCAGGAGCAGAAAGCUAAGAUUGCUGUAACUCUUGUGAGUGCCAGAGAGGGUAGAGUGGAGGUGAGGACCAAACCAAGAGACUCCCUAAGACAGAACAUUGGCCCGCGUGGUGCCACCAACCUGCCUUCCUUCAAGGUAAAGAAGAAAGAGUCCGACGAUCCGACUGCCUCAGAGGACCCCAAAAGAAAGUGUCCCUACACACCUGUUAAUGAUGCGCAUGAGAGUGCUGAGCUGGAGAGUAAUAUAACGAAUCACACAUUGGACAGGUCCCCAAAAACUGGAAGUAUUCCAGCUGUGAGGCGAAGACAUGCAAGGCCACUGGAGCUGGACAGCGAGGGGGAAGAGGAGAGCAGAGAGAAAGAGGGGGAGCCAACAAGAGACAAAGAGGAGGAUACUGUGGCAGCAGACAAGGUUCCCCAACGCCAGCAGAGGGAUGAAGAUGAUGACAGUGAACAAAAAGAGGAAGAAGUGGACGAUGAUGAAGAGGAUGAUGAAGAUGUGGUCUUCUCUAAAGUUACAAGAGGAUUACAGUCUCCAAAUGAGGAAGUUGCCAGGGUAAGCCUCUCAGAGGUAGAGUCUUACUCCUCAGAAGACAGUGAAUACCUCUCAGAGUCUGACUCCUCCUUUGAGGAAAGUGAAGACUUCUCAGACUAUGACUCCAGUUCUAACCAGGAGACAGAGGAAGAGGAGGAGACAGAUGGAGAUGCUGAUGAGGUCAACAGGGAGGUAGAGUGUGUGGUGUUGUCAUCAGAUGAGGAGGAGAUGGAUCUGGAGCCCCCGGCCACACCCUCAGCCCCUCUUACCCCAGGCACUGAGCUGGACCUACUGGAUGGGUCAGAGCCGGUCCCGAGGGAUCAGCCUGGGGAGGAGAAGCACUCAGUCUGUCUGACUCGAGAUGUCUUUGGGCGCACCAGCAGCACAAGCCGAUCUGACCCAGGGAUGGAGCUCCUGUCCAGUGAGCACCACCAUGAUCUCCAGGCCCCCUCACCCAUAGGACUGACAGCAGUGGUGGAGCCUGAUUUUGCAGUGGAGAUAGAUAGCCCUGAAUGGAGCGUUGAGUCACCAGAUAACGUGGAGAACCUCCGGCCUCUCACCCCUACUGGCUCUCUGGGAAACAGCGACUCAGACCUGCUGUUCAAGAGCAAACCAACCCCCCCUGCUGUGGAGGAGGUGGAACUGCCACACACUCCUGGUCGGGGAGCAGAGGCCCUCCUUGAGAGUGAGGAGGACUCUAUGGACCACCUCCUCUCCCUCUCCCCCACAAACAGUGAGCCUUUGUCCCAGAGCCGCCCCACUCAUCCCCCUGCCUUAGCCUCGUACCCAACAUACGAGGACAUGCCCAAAACACCAGGCAGAGAUGAGAGGGGUCUAUGGAAUCCCCUUACCCCCUGGAGGGUGCCAGUGACACCGGGCAGAGAGGAGUUUAGUCCCACUCCCUGUAGCCCUUUCCCCCUCCCCUCCCUGUCCACCAGCCUCUACAUCAGGACCCCACGAACCCCUGGGAGGGACUUCAUCCCAACCAAGAUAACACACAGGAAUACCACCGUUAUGUUGGCCUCUUCACAGAGGACUAAUGGUGCUCCUUUAUCCUGUGAUGAAAUGCUUACAGACUCACCUGUUCUAGCUUCUUCUCCUAGCAGCCUGUCUGAGUCAUCAGCAGAGACUCCUGGCCAUGGGUGUGUGUGGCUUAAUCCUAAUCCUGGGUCCCAGAGGAAGAUACCCCUGCAGGGCCUGGAGAACUGGUCAGGGCUGGCGGAUGUGGAGAACCAGAGAGAGAUGGAGAAGUGCUCCUGGAGGAGGGUACAACCAAGAAUGAUGCGGAAGAUGAGGCGGAGGAUGAGGUGGAGGAUGAGGCGAUGGCAAAGGAUGAGGUCAGUGCAGAGAGCCAUGCCCUCUGUCUUCUCGGCCAGUCCCUGUCGUCGGUCACGAAGUGAGGAGAUGACUGUCCUCCACAGUGUCUGGAAGGAGGGCCUGGAUGAGGAGGAUUCCAAGCUGCUGCAGGUCACCUAUGACAGGCUGCUACAGCAGGACAAUGGCUUCAGCUGGCUCAGUGACACUCUCUGGGUCCCCCACCCUCAUAUCCUUUACUACAGAGCUAAGAGGAAGGAGCUCAAUGAUUGGAUGUGGGACCAUGUGACAGGAUCUGCCCGCAGCGAGGGCUUUUACAAAAUCAGCAAGAAUGACAAAAUAAAAUACCUCAACAGCACGUGUUUGACUACAGACCAGCCCUCUGCAGACACCCAGGGGGUGAGUCUUUCAGCCCAGCCGCACCCUUCCCUGCGGUCUGGGUCUGAGUUCAGGUCUGAACAACGCCGUCUGCUCUCCUCCUUCAGCUGUGACAGUGACCUGCUCAGGUUUAACCAGCUGAAGUUCCGCAAGAAGAGGAUUCGUUUCUGCCGCAGUCACAUCCAUGACUGGGGCCUGUUUGCCCUGGAGCCCAUAGCAGCAGAUGAGAUGGUGAUUGAGUAUGUGGGCCAGUGCAUCAGACAGGUGGUUGCAGAUAUGCGGGAGAAGCGCUAUGAAGAUGAGGGGAUUGGGAGCAGCUACCUGUUCCGGGUCGAUCAGGAUACCAUCAUCGACGCCACUAAAUAUGGGAACUUGGCCAGAUUUAUCAACCACAGCUGCAAUCCUAAUUGCUAUGCAAAAAUAAUCACAGUGAAAUCCCAGAAGAAGAUAGUGAUCUACUCCCGGCAGUCCAUCAGUGUCAAUGAGGAGAUCACGUAUGAUUACAAGUUCCCCAUCGAGGAUGAGAAGAUUCCCUGUCUGUGUGGAGCAGAGAACUGCCAGGGCUCCCUCAACUGA